GGAGUGACUGUGUCGCCAUUGCCGCUUGGCUGUGCUGUUUGGAGAGAAGGAGGAAGUCUGCAGAGCCAGCUUUCAGUGGAUAGCAUUCUAACAGUGACAAUCUGUUAACAUAAGGAGUUAUUAUUAGUAACGAUCUAAGAGGAUUACGCCUACAAUCAAAUCUGACAUCGGACAACAAAGAGAAGAAAGGAAUGGAAUGAAAGGAGACCCUGGCUGCUUUGACACACCUGAAGAAAUAGUCCGGACAAAACACAGUCCAUACUGGAGGAAAGAAAUUGAUCAAAACCAUUGAAAAAAGCUCUGACCCACCAACCAGGUGAUCUGGAAUGAUCACGAUCUUGAUUUAUUAUUCCCAACACUGACCAAGUUAGCAAUGAGUGCGCAUAUAUAAUGGCCAAGAAUAAGGAUGCACGUUCCCUGACAUUUUCAGUCAGUGUGGUUGGCCUCUCUGGGACAGAAAAAGAGAAGGGCAAUUGUGGGGUUGGCAAGUCCUGCCUAUGCAAUCGGUAUGUGCGUCCAGAUGCAGACAACUACUACUCAGAGCACACCUCAGUGCUUAGUACAAUAGAUUUUGGUGGACGUGUUGUCAACAAUGACCACUUCCUGUACUGGGGGGAAGUGAACAUUCGCGGGGAGGAGGGUUUGGACUGUAAGAUCCAAGUCAUUGAACAGACUGAGUUCAUUGAUGAUCAAACGUUUCUUCCACAUCGAAGUACCAAUCUACAGCCAUAUACCAAACGUGCUGCAGCAACUAAGCUCCAGUCAGCAGAGAAACUCAUGUACAUCUGCACAGACCAGCUAGGCUUGGAGCAAGACUUUGACCAGAGGCAGAUGCCUGAUGGGAAACUGAGCAUUGAUGGCUUCGUUCUCUGUGUUGAUGUUAGCAAGGGUUGUAAUAGGAAAUUUGAUGACCAAAUGAAGUUUAUUAGCAGCCUUUACUCACAAAUCGUUAAGUCAAAAAAACCCAUUGUUGUUGCAGCAUCAAAAUGUGAUGAAUGUGUCGACCAGCACUUGAGGGAACUACAGACCUUUGUUGCCACCAAGAAAAACCUGAUCUUAAUUGAGACAUCUGCUCGUUUUAAUGUCAAUAUAGAGCACUGCUUCAAUGCUCUUAUUCAGCAGAUUGAUAAAACAAAAGGAAAGCCUAAAACUAUACCAUACCUGGAUGCCUAUAAAAUCCAACGACAGCUUGUUGCCUCUGUAACAGACAGGUUUGAAAGGCUCAUGGUACAAACAGUGAGAGACUAUCAUAUCACGUGGAAAACAGUCGCAAAUAACUUGAAGGGUCAACCAGACUAUGAUGAGUUCAUCACCUUGGAGGGAUCCCGAAAAGCUUGCAACAUGUUCACAAAGCAUAUUGCACAACUGAAGCAGGAGCAUAUUAAACGCAGACGAGAAGAGUACUUGGUAACACUUCCAAAAACCCUUAACAAUAUUUUCUGCAGUCUUGAGGAAGUUGAACACCUCUCAUGGCCUGAAGCACAGAGUAUAAUACGCAACCGCAGUGAUUUCCAGUGUUGGUUUGUGAUGCUUGAUCACACACCUUGGGAUGAGACGGACCACAUUGAUAAUAAUGAUCGCAGAAUACCCUUCGACCUCCUCAAUACACCUGAUGGGGAGAGAAUUUACUAUGCUCAUGUCCAGCAUCUAAUAUCUGAGAAAAGAAGGGUGGAGAUGAAAGAUAGGUUCAAGAAGACUCUGGAAAGGGUUCAUUUUAUCAGUCCAGGGCAAGCUUGGGAGGAAGUCAUGUGUUUUGUCAUGGAAGAUGAAGCCUACAAGUACAUCACUGAAUCUGACAGAAAGGAUGUUUACUGUAAGCACCAGCAAGACAUAGUUGAAAAGGCUAAAGAGGAUUUUCAGGAGAUGCUGUUUGAGCAUGCUGAGCUUUUUUAUGACUUGGACCUGAAUGCAACUCCAAGUUGUGACAAGAUGACAGAAAUUCACAGUGUGCUUAAUGAGGAGCCCAGAUACAGAGCAUUGCAGAAACUUGCCCCAGAUAGAGAGUCCCUUCUCUUAAAACACAUUGGCUUUGUCUACCAUCCCACUAAGGAAACAUGUUUAAGCGGACAGAACUGCGUAGAUCUGAAAGUAGAGCAGGUUUUGGCUAACAGACUGGCACAGGUAGAACAUGGACGCUCAAAUCUCUACUAUAGCAGUGCCAAUAUUGAAAAGAUUAACCUUUGUCUUCUUGGAAAAGAUGGUCUUUCGCAGGAGCUAGCAAAUGAGAUCCGAGCUCAGUCCACAGAUGAUGAGUACACAGUUGAUGGUAAAAUUUAUGAGCUUGAGCUUCUUCCUGUGGAUGUCAACUCAACUCUGCUUUUCAGUCACACAUGGGCAGCCACUUUCAAGCCUCAUGGCUGCUUUUGUGUUUUCAACUCCAUGGAGUCUCUUAACUGCAUUGGCGAUUGCAUUGGAAGGAUCAGAGCUGAGAUACCACAGAAUCGACGAGAUCAAUUUGGCCUGCCGCUUCCUUUUAUACUAAUUCUAUCCAGUCAGAGAGACAGUGUUUGUAAAAACAUACCCAUUCUGAGGCACCAAGGCCAACAGCUUGCAAACAAGUUGCAGUGCACCUUUGUAGAUGGUCCUUCUGGAGUUUUUCCUCGAAAAUUCACAGAGUUCCAGAUUAAGCAGGGGUUGAGAGCAGUGCUGGAGAAUAUGAAGCAUAACUUUGAUGUCUUGGCACCCCUUCCCUGUAUAAAAGACAUGGCUGAGACGGACCUUAGAAUAGUCAUGUCUGCUAUGUGCUGGGAUCCUUUUAGUGUUGAUCUUAUUCUCUCACCUUUCUUAGAUUCCCAUUGCUGUAGUGCUGGACAGCCAGGCCAAAGCAAUACCCUCAUACUUGACAAGAUUAUUGGGGAAGGCCGAAAAAGGAUUCAAGUCACAAUACUUUCAUACCACUCUGCUAUUGGUGUCCGCAAAGAUGAACUUGUGCACGGCUAUAUUCUGGUCUACUCUGCCAAACGUAAGGCAUCAAUGGCAACCCUUCGGGCGUUCUUGGCUGAAGUCCAAGAUGUGAUCCCUGUCCAGAUGGUGGCAAUUACAGAUAGCCAGGCUGACUUCUUUGAGAAUGAUGCCAUUAAAGAACUGAUGACUGAAGGGGAGCACAUUGCCACAGAGAUUGCUGCCAAAUUUACAGCACUCUAUUCUCUGUCACAGUAUCACCGCCAGACAGAAGUUUUUACACCCUUUUUCAAUGAGGUGUUAGAAAAAAAGCCAAACAUUGAAAAGGCCUUUCUGCUUGAUAGCUCCUCGCGUGACUGCACCUCUGGAGCCAGUGAAGAUGUUUUCCCCACAUCACCCCAUAGCAAUUUGCCAGCUUACAACACCUAUUAUCUUGAAUCUGAUGAUGACAAUGAGGCUCCUCCACCUUACAGUCCAAUUGGUGAUGAUGUUCAACUUCUCCCCACACCCAGUGAGCGGGCAAAGUACAGGAUUGACCUAGAAGGAAAUGAGUACCCUGUUCAUAGCACUCCUACCGGAGACCAAGACCGCAACCACAAAGUGCCCCCACCAGUCAGGCCUAAACCUGUGCACCCUAAGCCUAAUGUGAAAAAGCUUGACCCAAACCUGCUUAAAACUAUUGAGGCCGGCAUGCGGAGCAAUCGCAGGGUGCCUCGUAGCCAAGUUCCUUAUACUGAAGAUGUGGAAGCUUCAGAUAACUAUGCAGAACCUGCUGACACUCUGGUUAGAUCGAGAGCCUUUCACAACGAUGAAAUCUAUGUUGUGCCUGAAGACACACACAGCCGUCUAGUGAAAAUGAAAAACUCUUUUGGUCAUAGCCUUCAUUCAGCAGGAGAUGAAGAAAACGGAUUUGAUCGAAAGUCUCAGGCUGUGAGGCGCCCCUCUAAAUACAAGCAUCGUUCUAAGAUCCUGAUCAGCAAAACAAAGGCCUAUCAAAGACGUUUCCACUCUGACAGUGAUGGGGAGGACUUUUGCCCUGCCACACAGAAAAAGAAAAAAGGAAGAGCACACAGAGGCAGUGAGGAGGACCCACUACUCUCCCCAGCUGACCAAUGGAAGAUUGGUAUAGAUAAUCCUGCAAUCACAUCUGACCCUGAGCAGGAAGAUAAGAAAAUGAAAAAGAAGAAAACAUCUAAAAUGCCAAAGGACCAAAAAAAGCCCAAAUCGACCAAGCCCCCAAAGCCACUUUACCCACCCACUCGGAGAACCUGGGAUAGUAACUACUUUGGCGUUCCACUGCAGAAUCUGGUGACUCCAGAGCAUCACAUCCCUCUCUUUGUUGAAAAAUGUGUUGACUACAUAGAACGCACAGGUCUGACAACUGAGGGUCUUUAUCGUGUGAGUGGAAACAAGACAGACCAAGAUAACCUUCAGAAACUAUUUGAUCAAGAUCACAGCAUUGAUCUUGGGCAGAUGGACGUCGCUGUGAAUGCUGUAGCCGGAGCCCUGAAGGCUUUUUUUGCUGACCUACCCGACCCACUGAUCCCUUACGUUCUUCACCCAGAGCUAGUGGAAGCUGCAAAAAUCAUGGAUUACAUCGAACGGGUGCAGGUGUUGCGAGAGAUUGUGAAGAAGUUUCCUUCAAUCAACUACCAGGUCUUCAAAUACAUAAUUACACACCUUAACAGGGUGAGCCAGCACAGCAAGACUACGCUUAUGACAGCUGACAACCUGUCCAUUUGCUUCUGGCCCACUCUAAUGCGCCCUGAUUUUGAGAACAAGGACACACUGUCGACUACAAAGCUGAACCAGGCAGUCAUUGAAACUUUCAUCAUGCAGAGUGACUAUUUCUUCCAUGGAGGUGAAAUAGCAGAGAGCUCCAGCAGUGAGGGGACACCACCAGCACAUUGCCACAACAUGGUGGAGACGCUUCUCCCCCUGCAGCUGCCCCCACCUCUGCAACCACAACAGAUACACAUUGCACCCUGAUCCCACUCACUAAAGACACAACUGGCCAUUUUUGGACAUUAGGAGUUAUUAUGUGCUUCCAGCUGCAAUCUUCAGGAAAUGCUGGCUGUCAUAAUUGGCUCUUUGAAUUAGUGGCUGGUUGAUAUCAGCAAAAUACC